ACCGUCACGCUCAGGGCCUCAUGUAGGGGACAUGAAGACGCCCUAGCAUCCACUAUUGUGACAGGAUUGCUCUCAUAGGUGCAGGUUAGGGGAGCAUCAGGGUGACUCCGAGACUCAAGAGGGCACAGAAGCGACUGUAGAAAGGCUGUUCUAACCGUGGGUGUCUAUGAUAGGAGGUGCUGACGGACGUCUUCGGAAUGUUCACACAGGGGUGGCGAGGUCUAUUGCGAUUUGGGAAGAGGCGUCAUUCUGCUGUUUGCGACUGGAGAAUUUAUCAAUUGGGGCUGGGAGCUGUAUGAGAAAGAAUUUCCAUAUAGAAUCUGAGACAGCAGAGUUGAGUUGUAGGUUCCUGGUUGCCACCUACAACUGUAUAACAAGUCCUGAUUAUGAGCCUUGUGCGCUACUGGGAGUCAGGACCCUCGUGACUGAUUUACUUUGCCCAGGCAGCCGGUGGCGCUGGUCAUGUGGGUGUCUAGGUCGUGAUCAGGAGGAAGAUGUAGUCUGUGGGAUGAGUAAUUCCACCAGGUCGUGUCAUAGGAUUCAGGGGACACACAGCCGAGCCUUAAACCACCAUCAAAAGCAAGAUACAGCGAGGCUUUGCUCCUGCGCAAGCGCAGCACGGGGGCGUGGCGAUCGCACCUGCGCGAGUUGGGCGAAAGAGGAGGAGCGAGGUGACGCAGGCGUAAUAAUAGAGAAGGUGCCAGAAAGAUCCAAAACAAGUGGCUGCGGCCGUCGCCCAGAAGUCAUCGGACGCUGGAAUCUGGCCCUGGUUCUGAGCUUGUUCCGCACCCCUCCCCUGGGAAUGGCGUUGUCCGGGUCGACCCCGGCCCCGAGCUGGGAGGAGGAUGAGUGUUUGGAUUACUACGGCAUGCUGUCGCUUCACCGUAUGUUCGAGGUAGUGGGCGGGCAGCUGACCGAGUGCGAACUGGAGCUCCUGGCCUUCCUGCUGGAUGAGGCCCCCGGCGCCCCCGGCGGCCUGGCCCGCGCCCGCAGCGGCCUGGAGCUGCUUCUGGAGCUGGAACGCCGCGGGCAGUGCGACGAGAGCAACCUGCGGCUGCUGAGCCAACUCCUGCGCGUGCUCGCCCGUCACGACCUACUGCCACAUCUGGCGCGCAAGCGGCGCCGGCCAGUGUCCCCUGAGCGGUACAGCCGUGGCAGUUCCAGCUCUUCUUCCAAGAGGACCGAGGACAGUUGCCAGGGUCAGCGACAGGCGAGCAGUUCUUCUGAUCCUCCUCAGAGUCAGUGGGACACAGGCUCCCCGCCAACCAAGCGGCAGCGUAGGUGUCGGGGCCGCCCUAGCAGUGGUGCCCGGCAGCGGCGGAGAGUGGGUCUGGCAGCCUCGCAGCAGCAACAGGAGCUGGGCAGGCCCUCCUCAGAAGGCAAGGUGACCUGUGACAUCCGGCUCCGGGUUCGGGCAGAGUACUGCGAGCACGGGCCAGCCUUGGAGCAGGGUGUGGCAUCCCGAAGACCUCAGGCAUUGGCCCGGCAGCUGGAUGUGUUUGGACAAGCCACUGCUGUGCUGCGGUCAAGGGACCUGGGCUCUGUGGUGUGUGACAUCAAGUUCUCAGAGCUCUCCUAUCUGGACGCCUUCUGGGGUGACUACCUGAGUGGUGCCCUGCUGCAGGCCCUUCGGGGCGUGUUCCUGACUGAGGCCUUGCGGGAGGCUGUGGGCCGAGAGGCUGUCCGCUUGCUGGUCAGUGUGGAUGAGGCUGACUAUGAGGCUGGCCGGCGCCGCCUGUUGCUGAUGGAGGAGGAAGGAGGACCGCGUGGGACCGAGGCCUCCUGAUCCUGGAUCUGGCAAGACUGACCCCACCUCCAAGUCUCCGGGCCACCAGAAAGAUGCCCAUCUUGCCCCCAGAUGGCUGUCACCCAGCAGCCUGAGGACUGCAUCAGGCCUCAGUUUCUGACACCCUCCCCUAAGACGUGGGCUCUGAGGCAUAAACCACUUCCAGUUGCCUCCAUCCCAAAGUCCCCACUCCCAGGUGGAUUCCCUCAGCCUUGGGGGCCCAGAUUCACAGAGCCCCGAAGCAGGGAGGAAUGACCCCUGCACAUCCUGUCUCUCACCCUGGGCUGAUGCUGUCUGCCCCACACAUUUUAGCCUAAGGGCUACUCUCUCAGGAUCUCAGAUUUACUGUCCCCACAUGGGUUUCAGCACAGCAGUGGGCUCUGGAGCCGGGGUGCUCAUGGGGCUUGCUCACCUUGCCCAUUCAUCUAACCAAACUGGGCUCUGCCUGCGGCACACACAGAUAUCCAACUCUCAUCACCUUUCCCUGCUCUCUGGAUGGAGACAGACUUGCCCUUGGGCCUUUUAACCCAGACUGUCACGUGUGGGCUUUGUGGCCACAUCAGGUCAAGGGUAGCUGUUGCAUACAGAGCUAGGACCAGAGCCAGCCACUUUCUCAUGAAGGGAAGGUGAGGACUUGGGCUGCUGGGAAGAUGUUUCACAAACUGCGCCAAUAAAACUGCCCUGGAAAGGGCAUAGGUGGGC